CUACCUCUCAUCCACCUCCUCUGUCUGUUCAACAGGAAGAACGUGGAUGACUUCACAGGACCCAGGGAGCGCAGUGAUCUGGGUUUCCUCACCUUUGACCUCUCAUCUGAUCUGCAGCCCAUCUUCGACUGGAACGUCAAGCAGCUCUUCCUCUAUCUGUCUGCUGAGUACGCCACGAGGAGCAAUGCUCUGAACCAGGUGGUUUUGUGGGAUAAGAUCGUCCUUCGAGGGGAAAACACCAAACUGAACCUCAGAGACAUGAAGUCCAAAUACUUCUUCUUUGAUGAUGGGAAUGGACUUAGGGCCAACAAGAACAUCACUCUGACGCUGUCCUGGAACGUUGUUCCCAACGCUGGGAUCCUGCCUCUGGUGGCAGGGAGCGGUCAUGUCAGCCUCCCCUUCCCAGAAUCCUAUGAGACCACCAAGAGCUAUUAGACCGAGACACAGACCGCCACACAUGCUGAAUACACACACACACACACACACACACACACACACACACACACACACACACACACACAC